AUGCCCUUUUUCAAAGAGCUGCGACGACGAUCAAAAGCAAGUUUCCGAACCUCCGACUCUUCAACAGAAUCCAAUGGCACCGUUCCGACCGCAAAAUCGUCCUCGACUCUCAACUCCACCCCUGGGAGCGCAACACCACCUUCGACAUAUCAUGCCAAUGGGUCCUCACACAACGUUUUGGACACGGUAAAGAGCAAUGGCGACACCCCACCACCGGUCCCUCAGCGGCCUCAAGUGAUGGUCCCAAGUUCCAAUAGGAACAGCAUGAUAACUCUGUCACCUUCUGGCUCCAAUGGGACAAGGAUCCCUCCACCGACCUCUGCAUAUGCGCCCAAAAUCACUUCCGUCUUGGAUAAUUCAGUGGUCUACCACAAAGUAUUGCUGGUCAACGGAGAAAUAGGGGAUCCAAAUCAGAAACCCUUGGAUGGCAAUCUGACCGUCCAUCACGACAAGGAAGGGCAGGCAUUCCCACCCACAAACUGGCCUGUGUCCGACUCGUACUUCAAAGCUCUCGUCUACCUCUCGCCCGGAUGGAACAGGAUUCGUUUUGACUUUACCUCCCCGACAUUGAGCCAGCACAGCGCUGGAUCCGCGCCAAUGAUGCACUCUUCCUACAUUAUGCUGAACUACCUGCCGCUGAACAGCGCACCGCCUCUACAGCUUGUCAUCCUGGUUGGUAGUGAUUCUCCCUGUACAUAUGACGCAGUCCCUCAGAGGAUACAAAACGAGGGCAAUGACCUAUCCAUGGCCACCAGAAAAUUCCGCAUGGCUGCUCACCUGUGGCAGACAUUCACCGCAGAACAGAUGUACCGACACAAAUUUGGCCGCAGAUGCUUUAGAUUUGAGGAAGAGUGGCAGACUGGCACACUUUCGAUGCGGGAUUGGGAAAUGGGCAUCAUGAAGAAUGAGACUAGGGUUCAUGUUGUUCGGGCGGACAAGACCACUGCAGAAUUGCAGGAUCUACAGUAUGCGCAGCAACACUCGCCAGCAGCCAAAAAGGGGGAGCUGUACUCGAUCGCGGCGGACGCCGUGAAGAAGUAUUUCAACCUGAGGCCCGGUCAGAAGCAGCACGUGGCCUGCCUCCUUCUUGAUUCCCACUGGGACCCCGAAGUCGGAACAAUCAGGGCUCAUGCCGCCCUCGGUGGUAUCGGGGACGACUUGGGUCUGGCCAUUUUCGGCUCGCAUGCUCUUCAGAGCUAUCCCUCUUGCAUUGAAGAAGUUGUGCCAUCCUUUAUGGAUUGCACACGAACGGACACCAAGUAUGUGGCAAAUGACUGUAACGAGUCCGGCAGCAGUUGGGAAGCUGCCAAUAUCGGUAUUGGCGCCCACCUGCACGAAGUCGGUCAUCUUUUCGGCUGUCCACAUCAAGAAAACGGAGUUAUGCUCAGAGACUAUGUCCGACUAAACCGCACAUUCUUGGUCAAAGAACCCUACUCGACGAGAACAAAAUCCCAAGGUCUCAAAGUUUGUCGUCAAGAAGACGAGUGUGGCUGGCAUCGAUUGGACGUGCUGCGUUUCCGGUACCAUCCCUGCUUCAGACUCCCGAGCGACGAACCUCUACCACAAGACGACAGCAUUCAGUAUUUUCCAGUCGGCAACGGGCGCGUAAUCUGUUCCGCCCCUUCAGGGAUUUCAUUUAUCGAGAUACGGACAGAAGGAGACGAUCUAUGCCGGCAGUGGAUCGACUAUACCAGUGCUGAUCCUCGGCACAGCGCGAUUCCGAGACAAAUCACCGUGGUAGAAGCCGACAUUCGCGCACGUCUACCAGAAGACAAGAAGAAGGCCAAAUUGUGUCUUAUCAUUUUCUGUGCUAGUUCCCGGAGUGAAAAGAUCGAGGAUUUGGAGGACCUCUUGUCAAAGAAAUAUGUAGUGAACCUACCCCAUGUCAAACAGGCACCAAAACGUGACGAAGGCCUGACGAUGAAUGCGCUGAACAACGUUGUAGGACUGGGCAAGUCCUUUGAAUCACGACUCGGAUUUCGGAGCAAGAAGCUCGGGCAUUCCCAGCUGGACGGCUCGCAGCCACAAGAGCUGAUCCUAGAAAGCAUUCAUCUCCAGACGAAGCUUCUGACAUCUGUCAGAGUUUAUCAUGGUUUUGCCCUAGACGGCAUUGAAUUUUGUUACGAAGACGGCCACAGUCAACUGUUUGGCAAGAGGGGUGGCAAACCCGGUGGCGACGAAUUCUUCCUCGACACGCGUCGUGGUGAAACCAUCCUCGGCUUCUAUUUGCGUGCUGGUCUUUGGGUCGACGGUAUUGAGAUUCUAACCAGUACUGGCCGAAGAUCCGGUGUCUUUGGAAAUGCGACUGGAGGCUCUGGUCCGCAGACAUACUUUGAUGGCGCCCCGAGGGUACAGUCUUGCCGGGAUUUCGGGAAGCUGUGGGGCCUGGGUAGACGGUUUCCAGAUUAUCAUUACACGCUGAUGUCGUCUUGGAGAUGA